AUGUUACUUGGGGUUCAAGCACAACUAGAAAGCUAUUUGGUGAUCUUAUGUACAUUAAGUGUUGCAUGUAUAUUACGUCCACACAAAGUUCUUGAACAAGGUCUUAUUUAUGUUUUAGGAGAUGCAAUGAAUCUGGCACGACCAAGCGAGGAUCCAACAUGUGUAGUAGUUGGUGGAUUGCUGUUGUUUCAAGUAUUUUUUAUUUAUCUUUUUGCAUUGCUUAAAACGGAUAUGAUGUUUUUUAAAGAUUUAGCACCAUUUCGAACAAUACAGGCUUUUGUAUUAGUACUAUGGAUUUAUUUUUCAAAUAAUCCAGCAAUGUCAAAUGGAUUAACAUUUACUUUUGCUUUUUUCGACUUAAUAUGGCAAUUUUGGAUGUUUGUUAGCUUUCGAGGAUACAAACCACCGGUAAAAACAUAA